AUGAUACAGAUGCAGAUCUUCGUUAAGACUCUCACCGGAAAGACAAUUACUCUUGAGGUUGAAUCCUCUGAUACGAUCGACAACGUUAAGGCCAAGAUCCAGGACAAGGAAGGGAUUCCACCGGACCAGCAGAGGUUGAUCUUUGCUGGAAAGCAACUCGAGGACGGCCGAACCUUGGCUGAUUACAACAUUCAGAAGGAAUCCACUCUCCAUCUCGUUCUCCGUCUACGUGGUGGGAUGCAGAUCUUUGUCAAAACCCUAACCGGAAAGACAAUUACUCUUGAGGUUGAAUCAUCCGACACCAUCGACAACGUUAAGGCUAAGAUCCAGGACAAGGAGGGAAUCCCCCCGGACCAGCAGAGGUUGAUCUUCGCCGGUAAGCAGCUGGAGGACGGACGUACCUUAGCCGAUUACAAUAUCCAGAAGGAAUCCACGCUUCAUCUUGUCCUACGUCUUCGCGGUGGGAUGCAGAUCUUUGUUAAAACCCUAACUGGUAAGACCAUCACCCUCGAGGUUGAAUCCUCUGAUACUAUUGACAACGUUAAGGCCAAGAUCCAGGACAAGGAAGGCAUCCCCCCGGACCAGCAAAGACUCAUCUUCGCCGGUAAGCAGUUGGAGGACGGUCGUACCUUGGCCGACUACAACAUCCAGAAGGAAUCCACCCUCCAUCUUGUCCUCCGUCUUCGUGGUGGUAUGCAGAUCUUUGUCAAAACCCUGACCGGCAAGACCAUCACCCUCGAGGUUGAGUCCUCCGACACCAUCGACAACGUCAAGGCCAAGAUCCAGGACAAGGAAGGCAUCCCCCCGGACCAGCAGAGGUUGAUCUUCGCCGGUAAGCAGUUGGAGGACGGUCGUACCUUGGCCGACUACAACAUCCAGAAGGAAUCCACUCUUCAUCUUGUCCUACGUCUUCGUGGUGGUAUGCAGAUCUUUGUGAAAACCCUGACCGGAAAGACCAUCACCCUCGAGGUUGAAUCCUCCGACACUAUUGACAAUGUCAAGGCCAAGAUCCAGGACAAGGAAGGCAUCCCCCCGGACCAGCAGAGGUUGAUCUUCGCCGGUAAGCAGCUGGAGGACGGUCGCACCCUGGCCGACUACAACAUCCAGAAGGAGUCAACCCUCCAUCUUGUCCUCCGUCUCCGUGGUGGUAUGCAGAUUUUCGUUAAAACCCUGACCGGAAAGACCAUCACCCUGGAGGUUGAAUCCUCUGACACUAUUGACAACGUGAAGGCUAAGAUCCAGGACAAGGAAGGCAUCCCUCCGGAUCAGCAGAGGUUGAUCUUCGCCGGGAAACAAUUGGAAGAUGGUAGGACCUUGGCUGACUACAACAUCCAGAAGGAGUCAACCCUCCACCUGGUGCUUCGUCUCCGUGGUGGUAUGCAGAUUUUCGUGAAGACUUUGACAGGAAAGACCAUAACUCUUGAGGUGGAGAGCUCUGACACGAUUGAUAAUGUGAAGGCUAAGAUCCAAGACAAAGAGGGGAUUCCUCCAGACCAGCAGAGGUUGAUCUUUGCAGGGAAGCAAUUGGAGGAUGGACGAACUCUUGCUGACUAUAACAUUCAGAAAGAGUCUACCCUUCACCUUGUCCUGCGUCUUCGUGGUGGAUUCUGAAGGUCUGUGCUUUACCUUGGAUUGUGUUUAAUGAUGGUGUUUGAACUUGUUUAUGUUUCUGGUGUUCUUGAUUCUCCCCCGUUUGGGGGAGCUAAAUAAGAUGCGUUUGUUAGUAAUCCUUUUCCUUUUUUGUUGAAUAAAUUUGCUGUUCUUUUA